GGCUUUAGGGCAGGGUUAAACCAAGCAUGUGCUGUUCUCUGGGUCACUUGGCUUAACUCCUCCAAGUAGUAAAAUCAGCUAGUGGGCAGUGAGAACGGGGUUGUGUUGAUGGCAUCGCUUGUCUGAUUGUACUAACGAGUGUCCCUGUGUACAGCAUACCUGUGUGCAGAGAAACUCUGACUGCGAACUUUACUCAGGGCAAGCUGAAACAGUUUUGUGCUGGUGCUUUGUUGCACUGUCAAGGGACCGGGUGACCGGCCCUACUCUUGUUUUACAUGUUAAGUUGAAGCAUGUCUCUGUUCUUAAAUUGAACUUGAGCAUUGAACUACUGACUAUUGUGUUGAUGGAUAAAAUGUCACAGUAUGACUUCCUAUGGAAUAGCAGGGUGAGGAAUGAGGAGCUUUCCUUCAAGAAAGCUUAUCUACUGCUGUGGGUUGGCAAAUAUCAAGGAUUUAAUAUGUGGCUGUGCAUAAAAGGUCAGUGGUGAUUUUUUUGUGAGAAAAUCAACUUAUGAGAUGAAGGUGUGGAAGUAUUAGGCAUGAAGCUUAUUUUGAUACAUGCAUGGAAGAAGCUGCUAGUUUUGGAGAGCAGAAUGCUGUAUGCUGUUCCUUUUUCUUCUUCCCCUCUCAGCCAAAGAAACUGUUCCUUAUUGUGUUCUAAAGAAUGUGUGACUGUUGUUGUUUGAAUGUUUGUGUUGCUCGUCUUUGGCUAUAAUCUGCAACAGGACUCCAGGCAUCUCUGCAAGGUGUGAGGAAUGGUGGCCAGGCUCCACAGCAGUGUGUGGGCUUGCAGCCCUCCGUGCUGCUUCACCCUUGCACCAUAGGUGUUUCUCAGGGGGUACAAUGAAGUCCUGCCUGAGAAGAUGUCUGCUUCUAAAAGGUAAUAAAGGCUUGUGUGGCACCAUUCCCCUUUGAGGCUUCCUUAUAUCAAGCUACGAAAGACUUGUUCUCAAGUUCUUGUGUGAAAGAGCUCUAAUAUCCUACGGCUUGGUACCAUCUUAUAAUGCAUGUAAAACAUCAGCUACUGUGUCAACAUCUACCUAAGGGAAAGGCGUUUCAGGCAGAAAAAAUGUUGUGCACCUUUCUCUCCACCUUACUCUAGAAGUGGGGAGGAAAGACUAUACAGCUCCACAGAGCUCCCCUUUUUCUAACUGGAAAUAUCAGCUUAGCUGGGUGCCGCAGCUGGCUUUCGCAUGUUGUAACAGUGUAUGAGGAAGUCUGGAAUUCUGCUAUCUUCAGCAGUUUUUUGUCAAAAACAAAGCAAAAAAAAAUUGCUUGGUUGGUCUCUUCCAGCUGAAGAGAAGCCACCACAGGUGGGAGAAGUUAAUAAAGUCACUUGCUGCUGAGUUUCACCAUCCAAUGGGCAGCUCUAAUGUGGAAAGAGCUGAAUGAGUUCAUAUUGGCCUGGAUGAGAAGCAGGGGCUGGGGGCUUUGAUUCAGGGUUUUGUGUAUAUUAAAUAUACAUACCCAAUUUCUGAUUUCCAACCAUCUGGCUGUAUUCUGUCAAGUAAGCCUCUCCUACAAAUAACAGGAUAAAAGCUAAGCAUAUGGAAAAUCCCUCAGGAGUUAUAGCUGGAGUCCCUCUUGUUUUGAGAAGCAGAAUGACUGUCUCACAGCUCCGUUUUGAGGAGAGGGUGUAGAAGCUCUGCUGCUGUGCCUUCCCCAAGGUGCAUAGUAAAAAUGGUGCAGAAAUACCAGUCCCCAGUUCGAGUCUACAAAUAUCCUUUUGAGCUCGUCAUGGCGGCAUAUGAGAAGCGCUUUCCUACAUGCCCAGAGAUCCCAGUCUUCCUGGGGAGUGAAAUCCUGCAUGAAUCCAGGAGUGAUGACGGAGCUAUACAUAUCAUUGAACGGAGCUGCAAACUGAAUGUGGAUGCUCCUAGGCUGCUAAAGAAGAUUGCAGGGGUAGAGUAUGUCUUCUUCAUCCAGAAAAACACGGUGAACUGGAAAGAGCGUACUCUCCGCAUUGAAGCCCACAAUGAAACUUUUGCCAACCGUGUUGUCGUCGUCGAGACGUGUAGCUACUCGGUUCACCCUGAGAACGAAGAGUGGACUUGCUUUGAACAGUCUGCAUCUCUCGACAUAAAGUCAUUUUUUGGCUUUGAAAGCACAGUGGAAAAAAUUGCCAUGAAGCAGUACACUUCAAAUAUCAAGCGGGGCAAGGAAGUGAUUGAACACUAUUUGAAGGAGUUGAUCUCCCAAGGGAUCACAUUCAUCCCCCGCUGGACACCUCCCCCAGUGUGCGGACAGAAGGAUGAGCAAACCCCGGCUGUCGGACAUGACGCUGAUGAUGUUCUGCUGGAGUCUGGGGCUCGUGGAACUACCAAAGAGCAAACUGGCAGCUCCUGCCCCCCAGCAGAAGCUGUCAGCCCUGAUGCUGACAAAUUGGAUGCUGAUUACAUUGAGCGAUAUCUGGGCCAGCUGACUCCAAUGCAAGAGAGUUGCCUGAUCCGCCUUCGCCAGUGGCUUCAAGAAACGCACAAAGGCAAGAUCCCCAAAGAUGAACAUAUCCUUCGUUUUCUGCGGGCUCGUGACUUCAACAUUGACAAAGCUCGAGAAAUGCUCUGUCAGUCACUGUCUUGGCGAAAGCAGUACCAGGUGGAUUACAUCCUACAGUCGUGGAGACCCCCAGCCCUCUUGGACGAAUACUACACUGGAGGAUGGCAUUACCAAGACAAAGAUGGACGACCACUCUACAUCCUUCGUCUUGGCCAAAUGGACACAAAAGGUUUGGUGAAAGCUCUGGGAGAGGAAUCACUGCUGCGACAUGUUCUGUCAAUUAACGAGGAAGGACAAAAGAGAUGUGAGGAAAACACCAACGUCUUUGGCCGCCCCAUCACAUCCUGGACAUGUCUGGUGGAUUUGGAAGGGCUAAAUAUGCGGCACCUCUGGCGGCCUGGAGUUAAGGCCCUACUUCGGAUAAUUGAGGUUGUAGAGGACAAUUACCCUGAAACUCUGGGGAGACUACUGAUAGUGCGAGCACCCAGGGUUUUUCCUGUGCUCUGGACUCUGGUCAGUCCCUUUAUCAAUGAGAACACAAGGCAGAAGUUCCUCAUUUACAGUGGGAAUAACUACCAGGGUCCAGGAGGGCUGGUAGACUAUGUGGACAAAGAGGUGAUCCCAGACUUCCUGGGAGGAGACUGCAUGUGUACUGUCCCAGAAGGUGGGCUUGUUCCCAAGUCACUUUAUCAAACAGAUGAAGAGCCAGAGAACUCAGAUCACAUCCGGUUAUGGACAGAAACUAUCUAUCAUUCUGCAAGUGUUCUCAAAGGAGCUCCACACGAGAUAGUCGUGGAAAUUCUGGAAGGGGAAUCCGUCAUCACCUGGGACUUUGACAUCCUAAAGGGAGAUGUGGUGUUCAGCCUCUUUCACUCCAAACGAGCUCCCGAAACAAGUCAUAAAGAAGCCACGUUACCUGGUACCUCUGCUGCUGGGGACAAUAUGCAGCUAAUUGAUAAGACGUGGGUCCUUGGGGUGGAUUACAGCCGUAUGGAAUCUCCACUGGUUUGCCGGGAAGGAGAGAGCAUCCAGGGAUCACAUGUGACUCGCUGGCCUGGCUUUUACAUUCUCCAGUGGAAAAUGCACGGCCCUCUGCCCUGUUCUGGCACUAGCCUCCCUCGGGUGGAUGAUGUUCUUGCCUCUCUGCAAGUUUCCAGUCACAAGUGCAAGCUUAUAUACUACUAUGAGGUGCUUGCAUCCAAGGACUUCAGGGGAUCCAUGUCAAGCCUGGAAUCUUGCAACAGCGGCUUUUCCCAGCUGAGCGGAGCAACAACAUCUUCCAGCCAGUCCCAGAGCAGCUCCCAUCUUUCUAGAUAGCAGGGCCAAGGCUACUGCGGCAAGGAAAAAUCGCUCAGGGCUUCCUGGCCGCCCCAGAGCUGCUCUGUGCACCAGACCAAAGAGCCUACAGGGGCUGAGCUUUGAGGCAGUCGUUCGCGUGACCACAGGUAGCAGCCCUUCGGACAGAGAGCGCCUUCUGGAGCUAUUUUAAACAUAAAAAACUACAAUUUAAAUGGCAGAUUUAGAAAUUUUUAUAUCAGAUGCCUACUUCUCAGUAGUCUUUUUCACAAAUUGUGGUUUUUUGGAUGAACGUCAGUUUGCAUGACUCCGUGUAUUGCUCAACUUCAAAGGGCUCUUUCCAAUCAGUCCUUUUCCUACGCGUGGUAGAGGAGACUGAUGUUGCCUUACCUGUUUGAUUUGUAGGACUAGAUUAUUCAUGUGUAGCAAAACUAGUCUAGUUUUCUGGGUGCCCGGGGUACCAAUUACAUGUCAGAAAGUAAAGUGGGCAUUUCAGGUACAGGGACUUGAAGCAAACUGUAAAUAACCUUAAUACAGAUCGGAUGUUUCAGAAAUUAGUUCUAGGUCAAACCUAAAACCUCUUCCGAUCUGAGAGGAUGCUAUUAGGAAAUGUGUUGGAUUUUUUUAACCCACCGAGACACAAUGAUUUUUCUAGAAAGUACAGGUAGAGAACCUUCCUCCAGUAAACAGCGUUUUUAAGAAAGACUAUUUUUCCUUUUUCCUCAGGUUUACAAGCAAUAAUGUGGAUGGGAACUGAAUCAAAUUAUAAAGGGCUAAGAAAAGCAAUAUUUUAUUUCCUGAAGGCACAAAAUUUUAUGGCAGUAUUAUAGAACUUGCGUCUUUAAAACAUAACUUAACUUGAAGAGAAAACUAAAAAAAAAAGAGCAUGUAUGUAUUUAAGCACUUACUGAAAUGUAUUUAUUCAAAUACUAGCUUAUUUAAAAUUAAUUUUUAACUUAUUUAUAAUUUCAGAAAUGACUAUUUAUUAAAUUAGUCACCUUUUUUAAUGGGACAAACUUUUCUUUAGAAAGGAAUAACUGAUUGUCUUCAAUCCCAAGAAAUCUUUCUAUUUAGGUUCUAAUCUUUUGUGAUCACUGGAUGUUCUUGCGUAAAGGGCUGUACUGUACAUAGCAUUUGGGGUAAGGGCUGUGCGCCGUCUUUUCCUGCAGGGUAAGGUUUGAGUCCAAUGCCUUUUGGACUCUACAGGGAUGUUUCUUAACCCUAAGAAGCAAGGAUUGGGUUCAGGAGUUGUAAAAAGAUAGUGCAUUGUUGUGACACACCCCAAAAUACUGUGUUUGUCCGUAAUCUCCACUGAUUAUUCCAGAGAUUAGAUGUGUAGCAAAGCUGCUAGUGAUCCAUUGAUCAGGUUGGGUAGCGGAGUUAUUCGUGUGCUUGUCUGGUUGUGGGGUGGGGGAAGCCCAGGUGGAGGUGGAAGUGUGGUUUCUGUGUAUCCAGGGCCAUCUUCCUCAGUAAAGGCUCAGGGUUUCUCUCCCUCUCACCACGUUUUUAUUAAGGUUGAUGGAAUCUGUGCAGCUAAGAACAACGUAGGUGUAAAGUAGUUCCUUCUAACCUUGCUUUUUAAUUAAUUUUGAAGCAUUGACAAAGGAGAAAAGAGGCCUAAUAUUUGGAACAAUGCGAGAUGAAGAAUUUGAUUUGUUUGUGGAAGUUGCUUGGGGUUUUUUUUUAAAGGAGUGGAGCCAAGGAAAUUCCCACCCUGCAUCUCUCACUGUGAGAGCAGAACUUAGUUAUGCUGGCCUCCGGGGAAGCUCUGAUGUCAGAGAAUUCCCCAGUUUUGUGGACUUCCCCAUUUCUCCCAGAUGAAUGAAACUUCUGUCUCUGGCACCUCAGCAUGACUGCAGCCUGAUAGAGAGGGAGAACUGCUACCUUUGCUCUGGAAAAUCAAGAGUGCUGGAAUUAAAAGUGCAUGUGUGUAUCCCUCAUGGAAAAUCCUUUACCUGUAACUAAUUCUGAUGCUAGAAAUAGUUUCAAACUGACUGCCAAAGCAUCGAGAGCAAACCCAGCUGCCUCCUCUCCUGCUGUUUCAAGAUUUCAGCUUCUUGUGGCUUCUUACGUGGUUGGUCACGUCCCAUGAUGGUAACAUCCCUGUUUUCCCGUGGUUUGCCCUAGUUAAGAAUAUCUUCUGUUGCACUGGGUAUUUUUUAUUUAUUUUAAAAUGUGACAUGUGCUGUUCUCCUCCCACCAGUAAGAGUAAACCCCUUGGUUUUCCUCUGGGUCCUGCUCUGCUGCCCCACACAAGAUUGCUGCAUGCUUUGGUUUGGGAAGCAGCUUGUGAGCUCUCAUCAAUUUUAAGCAAAAUCACCUGGGUGGUUUCAGCUACCAAUUUACUUGGCUACCAAUGUAAAUAAUCCAAUAUGGAUUUUAUUUUUUUUUCCCCUGAAUGUUAAGGUAACAGGAGAAAGAGAGCAACAGCCUGGAUGUUGUGGCUGGUGCUGUGCUGUGCUUUUUAAACCUGACUUUGUGAACUGCAGGUACAAGAGAAGCAGAAUUCUUCUAAAACACUUCUCCCCCUUCCUGCUAAAAUGAUGUCAGUGCGCUUUAGAAAAUAAAAUGCACUGUUUUCUUCACAGCAACCUCUUGUGAGUUGAGACUGGGAGGAGUUCUGGAUGCUGGCUCCCUGGGAGCCACUCAGCUCUCAAAUCUUGUAAGCCAGAACCUUGAAAAAUGGACUCCAGUUUUGGGUGCUGUGCUAGAGAUGCAGCAAAGCCCUCCCUGUUCCCCAGCACCAUCCCAGCAGCUGCUCUUCAGUGAGGUCGCUGAGCUCAGGCUGUGUUCAGGUAAUUAGCUGGGUACUUAAACCCAGCUCGUCAGUAAAUUGGGGCUUUCCCCUCUUUCAAAUGUUCCGUAUGCAAAACACAAUACCUACCUCAGAGCUGUUGCCAUGUUUAACGUGUGACAUGAGAUCUCAAGAGAGAGGCUGCCAUGCUGGAGGUACAGAGUGCUGCGCCAUUGUUUACAGUUAAAUAUGGCCAUAUGUGAAACCUUUGUUCUUAGCAAUUUCUACAGGUUUGCCCCAUCCUGCCACUCCCUGGCAGGAAGCAGGGAUGCAGGGCUGGGAAAGGCCAACAGAGCACGUCACCAGUGGGCACACAGCGAAGGCGGAUGUCAGACUAGACUUGGGGCAAAGCCAGAAUGCAGUAACGCAGUCACUUUGGCUGAACAUUUUGCUGUCUUUCAGGUUUGAAAAGGUUUUUGUGUUUUUACCUGCUGUAGACAGAACAGCUUAGCCUUGAGGAGGGGCCGAGGGAGACUCUAGCCAGGAAGGUGUGGAAGCAGCAGCGCUGGCUGCUUUACCACUGACCCAUGUCAAGGGUUAAGCUGUGAACUGAACACACUCUUACACUGUCAGCAGGGAGGAACUGAGCGUGUCCUGGUCGUUUCUCAGCUUCCCGUACUUCCUGUUGGGGAAAGAGCAGUCCUGGUUGUCCUGCUGUGAGGGAAUUCCGGGAGACCACAGUCGCUCUGGCUGUGUACAUACGUGUACAGACGUUCUGACACAGCUUUGUCUUAUGUUUACUUCAGUCUUACGGCAGCCACUUCAGUUGUAUCAAUUCCCUUUCAGGAACAGGAAAAAACCUCAACUUUUAUUAAGAACUUAUUAUCCCAGUUUGGUUUACUCAUCAAAAUAUUUUGAAAAUCCAGUCAUCUUAAAUCUGUAACACUUACUGCAGCUCAGAAUUCCUGGUUGGAAGCGGUGAGCCCAACUGCUCAGCUGGGCUGUGAAGCUGCUGUGUAUUGACGCAGUUGCUAAGGCCAGCCGUGCUGGAGUCAGAAAUCCCCUAUUUCAAAAUGCAUUUUACCAGCUCACACCUCUUUAUCUGAAUUGUUUAUACUGUGAGCCAAACAAUGCAAGAAACAGAGUUAUCGGACUCUUAAGGACUAAAAUUGACAAGCGCUUGUCAAAGAUUCCUGCAUGCUAUUGGCUUUAAUAUUCCUCCAACAUGUUUGUGAUGAUUGUUAUACCUGAAUAUUUCUCUCUUGGAAGGCUAAAUUGGAAUCAUGUGACAUGCACUGGCUUUUACUGACAUCAGCAUCCACUUCCAAACUAUUAAGUUACAUACAUAAGUUAAAUGGGCAUUACUUUUUUUAAGCACUUUCCCUUGCAGCUGUCUUCAUUUUUCUAUAGUGAAGGUCCUUUUUUUUUUUCUCAGCCAAAAAACCCCAAACAUUGUUUAAGAGCACACUUGCAAACACAGAGUGCUUUGUAAUGUGUUACUUGACAACAAAUGUACUUAGUUACGGUAUUUGUAGUUUCUGGUAGGAGCUGUAUGUUUCUGUAUGUUGGAAAUAAAG